AUGGAAAAAAAUUCUGAUAACGAAGAGCCAAAAACCACAAUAUGUUGCUGUUGUUUUACCAAGCGAAAUAAGAAACAGACUACGUACCAGCAAAAACUGAUCGUUUAUCGUUCACGAAAUACAGAAAAUGACCAGUUGCUCAUGUCUGAUAGUGGUGUAUCAUUAUAUAGUGAUUCUGAUGCUGAAAGUACCAUCGAUGGAGUUGUAGAAUCUUCAAAUUGUUCAACCCAAGAAACAGAUCGUAGAGAUGAUGAACCAGAAGUAGCUGAAUCUAAAGUGCUAUUAGAAAAGACAAGAGACGCCAAUCCAUUAGCUAGUAAUGCAUCGUAUACUGACCAAAUCACAUUUACAUUUUAG